ACUUGCCACCACCCAGGUAAUGAGGAGCUGUGGGUCCAGUCAGCCUUGGAGAUGCCGAAGAGACGGGACAUCCUUGCCAUCGUGCUCAUUGUGCUGCCCUGGACCCUACUCAUCACCGUAUGGCAUCAGAGCACCAUUGCGCCAUUGCUCACCAUGCACAAGGAUGAUGGGAGUGAUUCUAGGCGGGACCCCAGCGUGGACUCCAGGGAGUACUGCAUGUCUGAUCGGGACAUCGUGGAGGUGGUGAGGACGGAGUACGUGUACACGCGCCCCCCGCCCUGGUCGGACACCCUGCCCACCAUCCACGUGGUCACCCCUACCUACAGCCGCCCAGUGCAGAAGGCCGAGCUGACCCGGCUUGCCAAUACGCUGCUCCACGUACAAAAUCUCCACUGGCUGGUGGUGGAGGACGCGCCGCGUCGGACGCCCCUGACUGCCCGCCUCCUCCGGGACACCGGCCUCAACUACACACACCUGCAUGUGGAGACGCCCCGGAACUACAAGCUGCGAGGGGACGCCAGGGACCCCCGCAUCCCCCGGGGCACCAUGCAGCGCAACCUCGCUUUGCGCUGGCUCCGGGAGACCUUCCCCCGCAAUGCCAGUCAGCCCGGCGUAGUCUACUUUGCUGACGACGACAACACCUACAGCCUGGAACUCUUUGAGGAGAUGCGAAGCACAAGAAGGGUGUCCGUGUGGCCAGUGGCUUUCGUGGGAGGCCUUCGGUAUGAAUCACCUCGGGUGAAUGGGGCAGGGAAAGUAAUUGGCUGGAAGACAGUUUUUGACCCCCACCGGCCAUUUGCCAUUGACAUGGCUGGCUUUGCAGUCAACCUUCGGCUCAUCCUGCAGCGGAAUCAAGCCUACUUCAAGCUUCGAGGGGUCAAAGGUGGCUACCAAGAGAGCAGCCUUCUCCGGGAGCUCGUCACCCUCAAUGACCUGGAGCCCAAGGCUGCCAACUGCACCAAGAUCCUCGUCUGGCACACACGAACAGAGAAGCCAGUGCUGGUGAACGAGGGGAGAAAAGGCUUCACUGAUCCCAAUGUGGAGAUCUGACACAAGGGACCCAGGAGACUCCCUCUCACAGACCCUGCUCUUGGCCUCAGAGCCUCUCUCUCCCCCUGGCCGUGGGGGCCCUCAUGGCAGACUCCUGAGCAAUCCCUGUCACUUGUCCUUCCAUCCUGGAGGCUACAGAGAAAGCCUGGUGGGACACAAGGAAGAAAGAAAAAUCAUCGAAAGCACAGAAAUCCCAGGCCUGUCGUUCUCUUCUGCCCAAGAUGACCAAGAGCCUGAGUGGGAGAUCCUGGGAAUUGGGGAGUUCAGCUGAUGCCGAGCAGGAGCCCUGGGGAGACGGCCCAAGGUCCCCAGCAUUCAUUCCCUGGAAGAAUCUCCCAGCCAACACACGGGCCUAAGAAAAGGGAAAAUCCUGGCACCGGGCUUGUGACUCUGAGCACUUGAAUGACACUCGGCAUGGGAGCUAGUGGGAGCAAUAGGAGGCACCCAGAGGGGAGAAGUGCUCUCUUUCCCUUGGGUCCUUACACUGCAGCUGGAAUUUAUAACAUUGCACAACAACACAGGACCGCCAGAGCAUUUGAAAACCCCAGAAAUGACCAAGAGAAAGUGUGAAACCUCUCCAUUGCCUCCUCCUUACCUGAAAGUUGCUCCAAAAUCAGACAUACCUCUCUGGACUGGGGGGCUUUUCUUUGGUUCAUGUUUACAGAACUUGGGGCUGUGUUUAACCUUGGCACCUGACUCACCCUGUGUGGGGGCCCGAGCCUGUGGUGGGCACCUAUCUCAGGGUGCUGCAAUGGGACUAGCUUCUCACCUUCUCUCCCUUCUCAGAACCAGCAUCAAUGGAGGCGCCUCCUCUUGCACUAGGACGAAAUCAAGGAACCCUUCUAAAAUGCUGAACUUGGGCUACAACAAGCCCCUCCUCGUGAGCUGGGCUGGAGAAAGGGAUGUGGAAGAGGAAGGGGGUACAGACGGUCCAUUAAGGCUGGAGACUAGAGCAGAUCAUGGAAUCCUUCUCCCUAUAAGUCCCUGAGACUAGUCAGUCAUCCAUCAGGAAUACGUGCCUAAAGGUGGGGAGGCAAUAGGGUUGGGGGUAGGAAGGUGGCAGAGAAUGAAACUGAGAUCCCCUCUGGCUGAGCCUAGAGGAUGGGUGGCUCUGUAACCAUUGCCUGCCCCUUUCAUUUUCUGGGCUUCAGAGUAAUAGCAGGGACUGAAGGAAAGUGGCCAAGAUAAUCUGGAUGGUGAACAGGGAGAGAGGAGCUGAGCACAUAGGAUAGGCUGGAGAUUAUUUUUUUUAAUGAAAUGGAGAGAAAAAUGUAUCUUCUCACUGAGCCAGGAGCAGCAGGAUUAAGCUCCCCCAAUCUCCAAAAUUCACUGGCCCCCUCAUUAGCAGAGGAAAAACAAAACUCUCCCCGCUCUCUUUUUAUCCUCUCCAGUUCCAUUAAACUUCCAUCCCUUAGGCUUGUGGUUUUUAGUCUGGAGAACUUAAAGGAUCUCCCACUGGACUGCUCCGUUAGGACCCCGUCCCAAACUGCUCCUUCUUCCUUCCCGUCCUCCUGGCUGCCGAUCUCUUUUUCACCCAUAAAUUCUCUCUCCCAUUCUCUCCUUCCCUCUCCUCCUUGAAAGCUGGAAGCACAAUUUUCCUCCCCAGUGAAGGAAAAAGAAGGGAUCCUACUUGAAAAGACUAACUUUUCUUAACCCUUAACAGCCGACAUCAUAUUUAAACCCGUUGAGUGUCUCUUGAGGACUAAGGGGCAUGGAUAACCCACUCCUGGGUUGGGAGGGGAUUUGGGAAGGGGACAGCCUUGCAGUAUUUUCCUAUUAUUUUAAAAGUAAUAGCGAUGACUGCCAAUUUUGAGGUGUACUUUUAAUGUCUCUCAAUAUAAAGUCACUUCAGAUGGAAACCAGGAGACAGGAGCAACUGGGCUAAGCAUGAAUCAGAGCUUUUCCCAACAGCUUUUAUUUAAAUUUUUCUUUAAAUUUAGGGUUUUCUUUUUGUUUUUGUGGUGGGGGGAGAGUCCUUUUAGAAAUAAUUCCUGUUGGGUGAAGGUGGGGUAGGAAGAGCAGGAAACUUCAGGAUAGACUGAACUACAGUUUGCCCGAGCCUUAGCCUGGGAUAGGACAAGAGACAACCAUUUCACCCCUUUCUGGGGACCAGCCCCAGGAAUCCAAUUCAGGCUGGGCUUGGGCUGGUUGUAACAAAAGCAGAUCUCCUACCUGGUCAGAAACCCAGGCCUCCUUUUCAGGCAAAAUAAAAGUCAACUGAAAAGGGGGAGGGAGAACAUUGAAAAAAAUCACUCCAAAAUUUCCAGAUGCUAGUCUCAUUGUUCUCACCAAAAGUCCUCUUUUAGCUGCAUGUAUAUUUAUUUAGAAUCAUAAUCCCAGUGGAUUGCAGCUUUCAUCUUUGCUCGGGAAUGAGCUUGUUGUAGAACAGAAGGACUAUGUCCCUGACUAUACACUUCGGAUCCAAACCUAGUCCCUUCCCUCGCCUGGGGACCCCCACCCCAGGGGGAGUGAUGCCAGUGGGCCUGGGAGGUCCCAGAAACACAGACUGAGCUAGAGGAGGGAGCCUCCUUCUGCUUCACCUUCUCUUCUCAGUUUUAAUUGAACUGUAUUUAAUUUGUUUUAAAAAUUAAAAGUCAAAUAUGGUUUUUAACAGUCAUAA